GUCUCUGUUGUAUUUGCUUCUUCGUUUGUGUAUUCAUCAAGUUUGAAUAGUUUGGUUGGUUAGAAAAUGUGGUUGAAAGUGGAAAGGUUUGUUUAAAUGUUAAUUUUUUUGGGGAGUGGUCAUAACCUGAUUCCGAUGAAACUCCUCCUACUUCAUUGACUUUCGAAAACGAUAUAGAUUUGCUUGUGCAAAGGGAAAUAUCAUUGAUCUUCUUCGGUUUUAUGCUUCUUGCAUGACUUUGGUUUCCUUCAGCUUUGAGUAAUAGGUUUGUGCCUUAAAAUGGCAAACUCCAAAGGAUCAUUGAGAACCGGAAACAUAUUGUGCAGUGGGAAGAAUUCAUUACUCCCCCCUAAAAGUCCAUAUCCUUCCAUAUCUCCAUCCUAUAUUGAAUUUAUCCCGACAUUUCUACAAAAAGGUACACCUAAAGCAAGAGAAGGAAAUCCACACCACCAGCGUACUUCGUCUGAAAGUUUUUUAAUGGAUGAACAACCAUCAUGGCUUGAUGACCUCCUUAAUGAACCGGACAGCCCUGUACUUAAAGGAGGCCACCGACGUUCAUCUAGUGACUCGUUUGCUUCCUUUGUGAACUCCGGUUACAUAGUUCAAGGUCAUGACAAGCUCAGAAACAACAUGUUUAAUGUCCCUACUGUGAGUACAGAACCUGAUUUGCAUCGAGAUGUAUAUGGUUCAGGCAUACUUGUGACUAGGGCAAGAGACAUAGCUCCAAAUAAAAUUGGCCAUCUCAGUGGUAUUCCCUCACCUAGAGAAAACAUUGCUCUUCAAAAAUCAGAAUCUUCAAAUCCGCCACAAAACGGAGAGAGGGCACAAUCUCCUGCAAUUGUGAACCGGGAUGUUCUCGAAUCUCGUCCAGGUGAUAUGCAUAGCUCUUCGGAAAAGGAUUCUUCUAAUGCAAAGAUCUAUGAUUCAGAAACAGACACAAAACGUGUAAAACAGCAGUUCGCUCAACGCUCCAGAGUCCGAAAGCUGCAAUACAUAGCUGAGUUGGAAAGAAUCGUCCACUCUCUACAGGCCGAAGGUUCUGAAGCUUUUGCUCAGCUUGAAUUCAUGAACCAGCAAAAUCUCAUCUUGAGCAUGGAGAACAAAGCUUUGAAGCAGCGGUUAGAAAGCUUAGCUCAAGAACAGCUUAUAAAGUAUUUGGAGCAGGAGGUACUAGAGAGAGAGAGGGGACGAUUGAGGGCUUUAUGUCAGCAACAACAUCAAGCACCUCCUCAACUGAAAAAGAGACCAUAUUCUAGUCAUCGGCUUUCCAAAAGUGUGGAUUUUGGUAAGCAAAUUGCUAACCUCUCUGUGGAAUAGAAAUUGGGGCUAUCUCUGUCUGUUCAAUGCUGAACCAGACUGUAUGUACAUAUCUAGGAUGUCGCCAUGGUUGAGCGGAGCUCUUGCAAGUUGCAAAAUUUCAUUGCCUUGGCCGUGUUUGGCUGCAGUGCAUCAUCUGCUGGUAGUUUCAAUUGUAUAUUCCUCUUCUUUCUUUUCUUUUUAAAUGUUCUUUAUUAAGAAGGUUAGUGAAUAUGAUGUUUUUGCUCAAGGCAUCAUCCUCCAACUCCUUGUAUCUUGAAGGCAUUAUUUAGUUCCGGCAAUUUCCUUAUUCCUUUUAUUAUGAAUGAAUGCCAUUUUAUAGAUUCCUGAGUUAUUCAGUGCCACCAAUUUUGACAUUCUUUUCAA